GAUACACUUAGUCGAAAAAACGUUGGAUUGAAUACCAAUAUUACUUUGGCAAAUAUUUCAUUGUCGCACGGUACAAAAUAUUUUUUCUCCGUUACUGCAUACAAUACCGUAGGUUUGCAUACAUCUGCUUUAUCGGAUGGUUUUGUAAUUGACAUGGACGUUCCUGUUACUGGGGUCGUUUUCAACACACGGAACUAUAGAAACACUGAAUAUCAGUCGUCAGCUUCAUCAAUCGGUAUAUCAUGGUAUGGAUUUCAGGAUGCGUUUUCGGGAAUAAAGAAUUAUUAUGCUGCUAUAUCGCAUAUGCCGUUUGCAAACCAAAGUAAUAACACCACGAACACAGGCCUCAGAACAAAUUAUGUGUUUCAAAAUUUAGCAUUAGAAAACGGGAAAACCUAUUACGGUCUUGUUAAAGCUGUUGAUAAUGUUGGACAUGUAAGUACAGUAGCUGUUUCGAAAGGUAUAACGAUUGAUACCACUCCGCCUGUUGGAUACAGAUGUGAAAAGUAUUCGGAUAUCGGACAAGUAUCUAAAGUCAUGAGUGGAAUUGACGAAACGGCAGUUAAUCUGCAGUAUACUUCUUCUUUGCAAAAGUUAUAUAAGAUAACUGGAAAUUUGCUUUCCAUUGAUGACUAUCAAAUGAAAAUUAAAAUCAAUAUAGACCGAAUGCAUAUGUACCUUCCUAUUGUAAAAGAUCACAACCAGGGUUACAAUUUUGAACAUAGCUUCUCCUCUCAAAAUACUGGGCUUCAAAACAUAUCUUUAGAAACUGAUUAUCAAACAAAUAUAACGGUGAACAUGACAUUGUUUGAGUGCAUUCAGAUUAUUGAAGACAACAAUAAAACUAUAGAACUGAAACAGAUUUCCCGUUCCAUGUUAGCGGUACAGUUGCUUGUAAAGGAUGAAGACAGCUCUUUGAGCAAGGUUGAGUUAGGUGCUGGAACAACUGUCGAUGGAUUUCAGAUCAAAUCGCUGUCAAAUUACUACCACUUUAAUAACAAACAUCUGAUUUAUGCCAACGCCCCUCAUGGAACACGAGUGUAUGUCACUGCAAUAGCAGAAAACAAUGCAGGACUUAGAUCAUUGUUUCACUCAGGUCCUAUUACUAUUGACCACACUUCCUCUGUGGUUAAUAAUCUAGUUGGCCGUCUUCAAAAUGUACAGGUUAAUAUAUCUGGCUUCCUUGAAAUACGUACAAUUGUACAGGCUACAUGGGAUGUUAUUGACGAAGAAAGUGGAAUGAAACAAUGCUAUUGUUCAAUAGGCAAUAAACCAGAGUUGUUUGAUAUACAUUCAGUCUGGAUCGCACAGUCGCUGACAUCUUGUGAAUCGAGCGAAAUUCAGCUUUCUCAUGGACAACACAUAUAUCUUAAUCUAAAAUGUGUAAAUAACAUAAAACUGUCAACAAUAAUAUUUACGGAGCCUCUAGUAGCCUCAAUCGAGAAACCAGACACAUAUUCUGCAGUAUUGGCUUUUGGGCCACAAAAUGAAGAGUCUUCAGAAUAUAUGUCUCGAAUUGGAUCACAUUUUCCCGUGCAAUCAAAUCAUACAUGUCUAGAGUUGAAAUGGGUUGGCUUUGAAGACCUUUCUGGCAUUGAUUAUUACGAGUAUCGUCUUACUCAAAGUGGACAAGCGUUUUUUACCGACUGGACUAAAACGUACAGAAAUUUUGUACAAGUCGCUGACAUUGAUAUGGAAAGUGGAGAAAUCACUGCAGAAGUCAGAGCUAUUAAUACAGGCUCUUUUAUCAGUGAAUCUGUGAAUGCUUCACAUUUGGUCGCCAGACACGCACCCAAAUUAACAGGACUCACAACAACGAUAACAAGAAGAGGCAAUUCGUUAACCGUAAAUUGGGCCGAUGUUUUCCAAAUCUUUGAAGGCGUCCCGUUGUCAUACAGUCUGGUAAUAGGUUCGAGGAGAGGAUACACAGAUAUACUGGAUAUGAAUUACAUCACUAGUACGAAAUAUGAUGUAUACAUACCUGAUUCAACAAUAAUUACAUCAAACAUAAAGGAAGUCAUUGUCCGGAUAGUCUGUAUCUACGGGACUGGACUGCGCACAAUUUAUGAUACUUCUUACAAGAUGUAAUUCAUAUGAAACAUUUUAAUAUAUCAUAUUACGAAAUUAGUAGGUAGAUGAUAUACAUUUUUUGGGAUACUUUUAUAUACUUUGGAUCAUUGAACAUUUUAUAUAUAUUUUUUAUCUGUUUAUCUCUUAAUUUCAUGUACAUAUAUGUAUCUUUCAAUACCUUUGUUUAUACAGAAUUGUAAAUUAAUAUUUUGUACGUCCGUAUUGAAAACAAUGGACAGCGAACGUCUUUUUGUCAGUCUGUCUGCUGUAUUUCUUGUCCGAAGCAUACCUUACUAUUCAAGGUAUUGCUUUUUAAUUGGCAUAUAUACGAAUGACAGGUGGUGACUUCACACUUCAUACUUAAAUCUUCACACUUAAAACGUCAGACAUCAUACUUCACAUUUCAAACUUCACACUUCAGACUUUAUACUUCACACUUCGGAUUUUACGCUUGGGACUUCAAACUCACACUUCAGACUUAAAACUUCUGACAUCACACUUAAGACUUCACACUUCAUACUGCUCACUCACUCUUCAGACUUCAUUUUUCAAACUGCCCACUUCGCACAUCACGUGACUUGACGUCGUCUGCUUAUUGUGUAUUAGCAUAGAUGUCUACGUCAUUUCUUAUUUGCGUUUUAAUUAUUAUUGACUGUGUACAAUUUAAAUGUUCUUAAAAAAUAAACGACUUCACGAGUUUAGAUUAUAUCACUUGUUGAUAUUCGAAAAAUAAAGGGAAAUUCACUGGAUUCAAAAUUGAUCACAUAAGAGGGACAGUAAAUGUAAACAGACUUAUAAAGGAAAACCUUUUUAAUAUCUGCUUCUCUUACAGUAUAUUAUACUCUACUAUAUUCAUUCAAAUUAUAUCCCUGUAGUGAAAAGUAACUCAGCCAUAAUCAUUAUACUUCAUUAUGUCCAAUCUCGAUAAUUCCAUGUUAUUCUAGAAAUAGAAAAAGAAAACGCCAGAAAAAGACUCCGCACUUCAAACUUCAGACUUCACAUUUCAAACUUCAGACCUCACACUUCAAACUUGACCCUUCACAUUUCAGACUUCACACUUCAUACUUCAGACUUAUGUAUUAUUUGUAUGUGAACUAAGCAUUUUAUAUGAAGCGUGAAGUCUGAAGUUGAAGUGUGAAGUAUGAAGUUCGGAGUCACCACUGGUCUUUCGUACAUAUAGACAGGGGACAAUAAGACAAUAUCCAGAGUGCACAAACCAAGUCGGCAGGUCAAAGGCCAGAAGUGAAGCUCAAGAUAAAUGUGAACCGUCAUAUUUCGUGUCCAAAUUUUGAAUUAAUGUGUUUACUUCAAGUUUGGCAUAUAGUUAAGGCGAUGGUCAGAGCACAUGAAUGCAUGAACCAAGUCGGUAGAUCAAAGGUUAAGGUCACAAAUAGGUCAGAUCUAUAUGUCAUUUUUUGUGCCUAGAGCAUAACUUAAUAACCAUUCAAGGUUUUUACUUCAAACUUAGCAUAUAGAUGGCGAUGUGAUAAUAAUGCUGAGUGCGUAAUUUUGCUCGGUAGGUUAAAUGUCAAGGUCAUAAUGAGGAUCAAAUGUCAAAUUUGUCUUUUUUUAUCCGGCACACAAAGUAAAACUUUUUGAAGGCGAUGACUUUUAAGUUGCAAAAUAGAUGGGUGGUAAUGAGAUUAUUUGAGAAUCGCAGCAAUCCACGUCUUCCCGCUCUCACACACACACCCUUUAUAAAACUACUACUUUCAGAUUCUUGUGCCUUGAUAUUCCAUUAUCAUCACCGCAAAAACCACCAUAUCCUGGCCAACCGUUUCAUAUUGUCUCCGACUCAUACGCGUAAGAAUAUAUUUUCUUUAAAUUCUACUUCCUUCUCCUCUGAUCUAGAACUUCGACCGUACAUUGUCCAGCUUUGCUUAAUUUUUGUUGUAUUUUGAAUGUCAGUUUGUUGUUUUACAUGUUUUAUAAGGUAUAGUUUCUUUUGUACUUAACAUAGAAUAUUGAUAUACUGUAUAACUAAAUUUCAACACAAGAUACAUUUAAACAGUGCUUUUAUAUUAUCCGAAAAUGACAAUAAAAUCUCAGUGUUUUGCGUUAUCAGUAUAUCUCUAUGGAGUUAUAAUUACAGUUAUUAAACAAUUUUGUUUGAAUUUUACAUUACAAUUGUUGAGAAACUGAGAUUUCGGCCAACACUGUUCCUACUUAUCAAUUAUAUAUAAAGUUUGAAAAUAAAAAUAUGUGAACAAAGGCACCGGAGUCUGUGCAUGCAUGUAUAAAGGUGCACUUGCAGUUUGACAUAUAGUUACAAUUAGAAUGUUUUCAUAUCUUUUCAAUAUAUUUUUAUUUAUAUUGAUAGCAUUUAAUGCAAAAUUUGUCAACGACAGAAUGUUGAAAAAAAAUAUCACUUCUUGUGUUUUUUCUGAUUUCUUUGUUGUGUAUAUGGAAAAUAAGUUUUUAAUAUUCUUCUUCUUUGCUAUAGGGAUUGAAAUUACUUAUUGCUCUCAGACUGCGUCUUUGCUGCAGAGAUUGGUCUUAUGUCUUUUCCCGCUAUUUUGAUGUAGGGAUAUAAAAAGGUAACUGCUUUAAGUGUGCUGUUUUGCCUACUCAGAACUUUAGAUGGAUGAGCAACACAUAGAAGAUGUUUUAUUUUCCCAAAAUUAAAAUAA